CAGUGGUAGAGCAUUUCCGGCGGAAGUAGUUCCUUUGUUGUCAUUCGAGGUCUGGUCAGCCGGGCAGUCAGCUGCCUUGUUCAUCUCCCAUUGUACAGGAAAGUGAUCCCAGCCGUAAAGAGAAGACAGAAAUCCACAUCAUUUAUCUUCUGCAUUAAUAAAGAACAUACAGGCACUGACCCCCUGAUUUCUGAACAUAUAUUUCAUAUAUAAUAAUAAUAUUUAUUGAGAGACAGUGAGUAUUCACAGGAUAGUCUCCUGAAGCAGAGCUGGGAUAACCAUGGCUGGCAUCAAAGCCCUGAUUAGCCUUUCGUUCGGCGGAGCAAUUGGACUGAUGUUUCUAAUGCUUGGAUGUGCCUUGCCACAAUAUAACAUGUACUGGCCACUGUUUGUUCUAUUCUUCUACAUCCUUGCACCCAUUCCAUACUGCAUAGCAAAGAGGGCUGUAGAUGAGACUGAUGCAGCUAGCAAUGCCUGCAAGGAACUUGCAAUCUUCCUCACCACUGGUAUAGUGGUCUCUGCGUUUGGACUGCCCAUGGUGUUUGCUCGAGCAGGACUAAUUCUUUGGGGAGCUUGUGCAUUGGUCCUCACAGGAAAUGCUGUCAUCUUUUCCACUAUAUUAGGAUUCUUUUUGGUCUUCGGAAGCAAUGAUGACUUCAGUUGGCAACAGUGGUGAGGAGCAAUCCCCAUUUGGCUUUAGGCUGGCAGUCCGUAUGGCCUCCAGUGACCAUCUAUUCAGCCAUCGAAACUGACAGAAAGCAGGAAUAACUCUAGCUUCACCCUGGAACUAGCAUGUGGAUUGUCACAUUUUUUUAGCCGUGCUUUCGCCAUGGACUUGCUAAAUUGCUUACCAGGAAAAGCGCUUUAACCAAGAAAAAAAUCCUUCUUCCUUGAUAUCUUUUUCUAGCUAUUCAUUUGUUAUUUUAUAUAUUCUCAUAUGUAUUGUCUUAGUGAUAGGUUCUUGAAUCAUCUUUUUUCCCCCUCAUAUCCUUCCGCAUUAGCCAUCCUAAUUGAAAGUGGAAUUUUAAUGCAGUUCAUUUGUAGCAUGAGGUUACUGCCUCAAUUCUGUAACUGGUGCACACAGAGAAAUAGAAACCUUUUAAUAUUAU